AUGUCUUUGAAAGGAGAUACUUAUUGGCUUCCUAGAGAUAAAGUAACCGAGUUUUUCUUGAUCAAGUUCGAUUUCACGGCAGAGAGAUUUGUGCGUCUCGCUCUUCCGUUGCAGAGUGUUGAACGUGUAGAUAACAAUGUACUUUCGGUUGUUAGCGAUGAAAAACUCUCGGUGUUACACAUUGAUGGCAGAUCAAACGUGAUGAGGAUAUGGGUGAGCAAUAAGGUUGUUGAUGAGGAGGACUUGUCGUGGAGGAGCCAUUGCUUCUUGGAAGGGGGUUUUGAUAAAUUUGAACUGCAUGUGGAAAGCUUCUUGUUGGACGAGGAGAGCAAUGUGGCAAUUUGUUCUAAUGCAGACUAUGUGGAAGAUGAAUAUAAUACGAGAAUCUAA